AUUAUUUAAAUUGUACCUAAUUUGGCAUAUUUUUUAUAAUUGUUCCAAUCGAAAUUUUGCCAACACUGACAGUUGACAGUUGAGAGUAAAUGUCAAUUUCCGUGAAUGGAUGGAAGCAAAAGACCAAAACAGAAACAAUUUUUUUUUUUGCUUUGGACCGACCGAGUUGUGUGUAGUUUGUUAUUAGUAGUCCGUAGGUUCUUACGGCUCUAAACAUUUUUCGGAAUUUCCAAGUGUUUAUUAUUUUUCGUUGAAUGCGAGAAUACAAAAUAAAUUAAAUCCGGAAAACAGUAACGCGCUGCGUGUGAAUGAGUGUGUUUAGUGACCAGUUGAUUUCGCCAAUUUGGAUAUUUGUAAGAGUGCUUUUAACCCCACAACCCAUAAUAGUGUACAACAACGGUACAUACAUUCAUUCGUACAUACAAUAUUCGUUUCGUUGGUAGCCGUUGUUGUUGUUAAUUUUCGUGUCUUCGCCGCCUUAAUUAUUAGUUCAAGUUUGUUUAUAGUGUAUAAUUUAUAAUUAAGUUGUGUAUGCCAAUAUUUACAUGGAAAUAGAAAUUCAAACCACACUCGAAAGUAAAUUUUUGCUGUGAUUUCAUUGAAUUACGCCUUCAAUGCCGCCGCCUCCCUGUUCCUAAUUUAGCUGUAAAUAUCAACAAUCAUAUACUAAAGGAAAUCUUCAUCAUAUCAAGUGACAAGUCAAAUUAAACGCCAAACGACAAAAUGAAACCACGAGUUGACAAGGAUUUAUUGCCCAUGAAGGCGCAUUAUUUUCUCUUCAACGCCGGUACUGCACCCGUUGUACCAUAUAUGCCAACAUUGGCCAGACAAUUGGGUUAUUCAAAUGGCGUUGUGGGGACAAUGUAUGCUAUAUUACCUGUAGUGGGCAUGCUGGCCAAACCAUUACUAGGUUUUAUAGGCGAUCGUUACCAACGCCAUCGUACGCUAUUCAUCAUGGGUGAAAUAUUAACAGCAGUUGCCUUCUUCCUUAUAAUGUUUACUCCUGCCAUACCACGGACACCACCUUCCGUCACAUUCCAUUGUCAUAGUGGUGAGGCGAAUAUAAACUUUUGCACCGGCGACCAGUGUACCCUGAAUGAGAUUGAACGUCAAUACACAGAUAAAACCUUGCAAUGCAAGCUACAUUGUCAAACCCAACCAUAUAUGUGGGACAUUAUAUGCCAGGAUUGGCUUAAAAACUCCACCACAUGUCCUUCAAACACAACGACAAGUGUGAAUAUAACCACCACUCUGAAUAAUUUGUUGGUGGAGAAAAAUGAAACCAGCAAUGUAGGCUGCAUGUUUUUCAGUGUACCCCACAUUAAGGGCACCAUUAAUGGCAGUACUGUUAACAUGUAUUGUCCCAAGGAUAAGCCCUAUUUCAAUACUACCUGUGCCAUGGAUUGCAAUGAUGCCUUUUUGGCUAGUAAAUUGGCUGAUAGUCCUGUGAUAAGUACCUCAUCAGCCAUGGGCUUAUAUCAAUUUUGGUGGUUCUUUGGCAUGCUGAUAAUCUCCUGGAUAGGUAUGGCUGCUGUUGUUAGCAUUGGAGAUGCGAUAUGCUUUGGUAUUUUGGGAGAUCGUGGACAUCUGUAUGGCAAGCAGCGGUUAUUUGGCUCAAUCGGUUGGGGUGUUGUUUCUUUACUUUCCGGAGCUUUGGUGGAUAAUAUGUCGAAUGGAGUGGAGAAGGACUAUACCAUUGUAUUUUGGAUGACAGCGGUUAUUAUGAGUUUAGAUGUGGUGGCUUCGUUGAAACUGAAGCACACACAGACCCACUUAUCACCCAAUAUCCUCAAAGAUGUGGGACAAAUGUUUUUAUCAGUUCGAUGUUUGAUCUUCUUCAUAUGGUGUAUAUUUAUCGGUUUGGGUACUGCUUUAAUAUGGAAUUUCCUCUUUGUACACCUGGAGUCAUUGGGGGGUUGUGACGCGAGCUACAUGAAAACUUUGCAGGGUUUCGUCAUGACCAUACAAUGCUUUUGUGGUGAAUUGCCAUUUUUCUUUUUCUCCGGAUGGAUAUUGAAGAAAAUCGGUCACAUCAAUGCCAUGAGUGUGGUGCUGUUUGGAUUUGGAGUACGUUUCAUAUUGUACUCAAUGCUGCAGGAUCCUUGGUAUGUGCUGCCCAUAGAGCUGCUAAAUGGCAUUACGUUUGGUUUGUUUUAUGCCACAAUGGCUUCAUAUGCUAGCAUUGUAGCACCACCGGGUACGGAAUCAACCAUGCAGGGCUUGGUGGGUGCCAUCUUCGAAGGCAUUGGCGUUUCGGUUGGCAGCCUUAUUGCUGGCUAUCUAUUCGAUGCCAUAGGUGGUGGUCAUACCUUUGAAAUAUUCGGUGUGGCGGCCUUUGUGGCCUUUAUUGUACAUGUAUGCGUGCAAAUGUAUUUGCAACGCCAUCAAUCUAGUUCGGAAGCUGAGAAUGGCACUGUUAAGUAUUUAGCGCCUACAGAUGCCAUGCAAAUGCUUAACGAUCAAGAAUAUGUAACGUAGAUGGACUGCAUUAUUUCGUAUGUGUUUGUUUGUUCUUAGUUAUGACUAUACUAGAGUUAAAAGCAAAAAAUUUAAAAAAUAUGUCUAUAUCGUCGUCUAUUUCUUUGUCAAUCUUAGUUAAAAUAUCAUUAUGUUCCUUUGCUACCUACUAUCUAUUGUUACGAUUUUCUCUGUGUUGUGAUUGUUGUUGAAAAUUGUUUAGAACAGAAGAUGUAGUAAUAAGCAUACACCUCAUGAUCCAAUUUAUUCAUGACUCAUACGAAGGGUUUUGUAGCAGCCGAAAGGACCUUUUCAUAUAUAUUCAAAUCUAUCAAUUAUAUUGAGUUGCCCAAAAAGUAAUUGCGGAUUUUUUAAAAGAAAGUAAAUGCAUUUUUAAUAAAACUUAGAAUGAACUUUAAUCAAAUAUACUUUUUUACACUUUUUUUCUAAAGCAAGCUAAAAGUGACAGCUGAUAACUGACAGAAGAAAGAAUGCAAUUACAGAGUCACAAGCUGUGAAAAGAUUUGUCAACGCCGACUAUAUGAAAAACCGCAAUUACUUUUUGGGCAACCCAUUAUUUACUUUUAAACCUAGGAAGCGCAGAUUGGUCUUGCCAGAACAAUUUUAACUUUUAAAAUUGCAAAAUUUUAAAUUAUUUUGGACAUUGUGUGGUUGUUGUAGCCACAUUUUUAUGUGGAGGUGGCGAUUCUCGUCAAGCUCCUGUAGGUGAGCAAGCUCGUUCCGGUCGCCACGGGAACAGUGUGCAUAUUGGUUACUUAAAGGCGAGUUAAAUAGCUCGUCUUGUCACAUCGAGCAUCAUAGAUACUCAGUAUUUGUGCAAGAGCCGGUUCCGCCCGUCCUCCCACUGAGACUCUCCGCUCGAUACCGCUGAUUGUCUGCGACUGCCGUUGCAGCUACUCCGUAUGGAGCAUUCCACUAUUCCACGUAACCUGUGGACGCGUCCGGUAGCUCGCAGCUAAGCAAUGAACACCAUACAGAUCGGACAUCAAUGUUCCAGCCUGUGAGGUGCUCACAGCCAUCCUGUGCCGGGCUUGACAUUAUAUGCUAAAGGUGCCAUCACAUAAUCAGCCCAAUUCUGAAAACUCCCUCAAUAAAAUCCUCCUAUUUUGAUUGAAUGGGGAGCGAAAAAAUCUGGGAGAGCGAAUUUCGAAUUUUCGAAAACAGCUGUUUUGCCUCAGCUGUUUUAUUUUGGCUAAACAUUUGACUAUUAUUUUUUGGGAAAAAACAAAAAUAAGUUAUAACGGCUGCUAAAAAAAAUUACCAACAUGUUUAGUAUUCCUUUUGUAAUGUUUGUUUUAAUUUUUGUAUUUUAAUAAUGCAAAAUUAUGGCCUACAGCUUGUCACCAUAUUUCUGUGUUGUGAUAACAACCUUUCGUCUUCAUCCAAACAAUCAUUGAUGCUUCCAGAGUUGUCUGGUGGACAGAUAAAUAGAUUAAUUGUGUCGUGUUGGCUGUAUGCGGGGCACACAUCCUGCAUUUUGACGUUUACCCUUGCCAAAAGAAGCUAAGGAGGCUGAAUCAUAAUAUAGAGGUUUGCUUCUCCUUCGUCGUCAUGAAAGCUGUGGUGGUCUGUCUUAUGCGCCGCUUUAUCUAAAUGCCUACUUUUAUGGAGCUAGAACUUGAAGAUCUAAUCGACAUUUCCGGGCGGCAGCCUCUUUUCAUGGUAGUUGGGACGGCUGCUGAACAUAAUGCUGCCGAAAAGCCCGUAGAACGGACUGGUCCACUCCACUCCACUCCCCUAAGUUGGUUCGUGUCUGGUAUUGUGUCUCCACCUAAGUGCCGGUAUCUGUUACACGCGAAAGCCGGGAAAUGACAACGGAAUUGAUCCAAUGUCUCAUCAUCUUCCCCUAAUGCCCUACACAUACUAAAACUUGCCGCAACGAUUUUACAUAAGUGAGCUCGUAGUCCUAUGUGUCCCGUUAUGAUACCAAUAGCUAUACUGACCUCCUUCUUACUUCCUUUCAGUAAUAGCCUCGUCUUCUCACGAUCUGGAUCCCCCAUAGGAUUUUCGCCGUCCUACCGACCGUUUCGCUGUUCCACAAUGUUGCAUUCGCAUUCGUCGCCCACUUCCUUAACUCGGACUGCGUCGACCCGAAAGGUUUCGGGUUAACCAAGUUAAUUGACGGCCUUUACCGCCAAAUCGUCUGCCCUAUCAUUUCCACUUGCUUCAUUAUAACUCGGGACCCAAACGAUGCGGAUUUUGCCAUCCAGGCGUUAAUCUCCUUCUUACCCUGCAAGACUGUUCGUGAACUUACCGUCCUGGUUGUUAUUGCCCUUAUUGCAAUUUUACUGUCUGUAAAGAUGUUCACACUCGACGUCCUCGUGUUAGCACCACACCACCUCACGCCCGGAUCUCCGCCUGCAGGACCGUAUUAUGGGCAGGCAGUCUAAAACAGAUCUCAGAACUUGGGUUCUCAAUGUCGCCUCGAUUAUACCGCGAUGGUAUGAGCUGCUCCCAUCCUCAAUCCAUUCUCCCAUCGCCUUAAGUCUCAUAGUCUAACACUUAAUCUGUAUGUCAAUGGGUUGGAUAUCUAGAAUUGUCUCCAGUGCCCUAGUGGGCGUGGUUCUCAUCGCUCCGCCUAUGCCAAGACAAUAUUUUCUCUGAACCUGUUGUAUGGUCCUUAUGUUACACUUUUCCUCCAUAGCAAUCCACCAAACUACUGAGGCGUAAGUAAGUAUUGGUCUUAUCACGCUCCUGUAGAGCCAGUGGACUAUCCUAGGAUUCAGGCCCUAUUUCGAGCCUACUACGGCCCGUCUACAUAGUGCCCAACAUCUGUGAGCCUUCUCCGUACGCUCCUGAAUGUGACACUUCCAAUUCAGUUUCCUGUCCAAGAUCACACCUAAGUAUUUGACCUUGUCAGAAAUAAAAAUCGUCUUAUUGAGUAAAUGUGGUGCGUUAAAUUUGUCCACCUUCGUCUUGCUCGUGAACAGGCAUAUUUCAGUCUUCUCUGGGUUAACGUUGAGACCUUUGGGUCUAGCCCAGUCAUAUGCCAUAUGCAAGACCCUGUCGGCCCUUCUGCAUAGCUCGUUCGGAUCCUUACCUCUUAGCAGUAUUAUAACAUCGUCUGCGUAGCAGAAGAGUUCAAAUCCCUCCUCAGUCAGCAUCCGUAGUAGGUCAUUUAUGGUGGUCACCCAUAGAAGUGGCGAUAAAAUGCCCCCCUAUGGCGUGCCCUGUGCUACUUUCUCCCUUAUAUUUAUGCCAUGGGACACACAAUCUAUCCACCUGUUCCUAUGCAUAUGGUUUAUCCAUUCUCUAAGGACCGGGUCUACCCGGUACUGGUCUAAGGAUUGGAUCAAUUUGUCGGUCCGCACAUUGUUAAAAGCCCCUCGAUGUCAAUGCAUACCGCCAGUGUGAACGUUUUGGCAUCGAAGGAUUCAUCUAUUUUAUGCACAACCCCGUGUAGGGCAGUCUCCACCGACCUUCCCUUGACAUAGGCAUGCUGUUUGUAUUUGAGCACUUUGCUGGGUGUCCUACUCUUUAUCAUAGUGUCCACAAUACGUUCCAUGGUUUUGAGUAGAAAGAACGUAAGGCUUAUAGGUCUGUAGGCCUUUGGUGUCGGAUAACUUGCCUUGCCGGGCUUGGGUAUAAAAACCACGUUUGCCUCGGAGUAUAUGCAAUUCCUAGGCACGCUGAUAGCGCCAGAUAGUCUGCCUCUUUCUGUAGUUACGCCAGAAAAAUUCCAUCAGGUCCGGGUUUGAAGCUCCUCAAGGAUUCCUUCACCAUAAAUUUCGUUAUUAUAAACCUUCUAUCUACGUCAUUAUUCCAAGACUCCGGUGUCUCCGUCAGUCCCAUCGUAUCCUGUGGAAAAUGGGGUUUCAUCAAAAGCCUCAACAUGUCCUCCGUUGUCUCUGCUCUCACUCCCAUGUCUUCUACUUAAGUUUCAGUUUGGACAUGGGUUUUUGAGAGAAACUUUUUUAUCUUGGCGGCGUCAUUAAUGCUAUCGACCCGUUCACAGAAAAGGUAGUCCUUGAGCCGUGUGUAAUACACAUCCCAAUAAACUUCCGCCUUUUUACGACGUGCUCUGUUAUCUUCUAUCUUUCUUCGAAGGACCCUACCAGUGCAGUCGUAAUCCUGCUGACAUUUUCGUCAAUGUAUUGUAUGCUUCGACAAUUUAAAUUAUCUUGUCCAAGUCUUCUUCUGAGUAGCCUUUCGAAUUUUGUGUAGUUGGUUUUCAACUUAUUCCGGAAGCUUAUCCGAUUCGGCGCUGGCCGUGCUAUUCUAAAUCUAAUGUAGCGAUAGUCAGAGAGAGAGAAUGUUCCAUGGAGACCCUCCAAUCCUGAACCUCAUCGAUUAGAUUUUCCGAACAUAUCGUCACAUCUAAUACCUCCUCCCUAUUCCUAUUAACAAAGGUAGCGGUGUUACCAAUAUUAAGUGUUAUUAGGUCAAGCCCUGCCAGGGCUUGGCCCAGCUUAUUAGUGUUGGUACUACCCCACGAAAUGUGGUGAGAGUUCGCAUCGCACCCUAUUAGUACCUCGUUUCCUGUCUGUUUUGCUUUCCUCACCAGCAGUUGCAGCUCCAACGUGGGUGGUGGUGUCGGAGAGUCAAAAGGCAGAUAAAGUGAUGCCAGGUAUGCUCCACCGUCUCCCUGCCUCACCACUGUUGCAUCCGACGUUGACAACUCUGGGGAAAAUAUAUAAUUCAAAUUUUUAUGACAAAUAACGCAGGUCCUCAGCCGAGUACCAGUGUUAGCAUAGAAUAAUUGGUAGUUGAUAUGGUUCAGUCCAAAAACUUUGUUCCGGGUCGUACAUGGCUCCUGAAUUAAGGAAAUAUGAAUCUUGCCCUUGCUGAUUUUCUCCAUCAGAGCGUGUGUAGCAGUCUCGCUCCGGUGGAGAUUUAUCUGGAUUACCUCAAUCAUUGAUCCUAUAGUAAAUGGGCAUCUUGGGAGUAGGUGAUGAUCUCAUCGUCUGCUCCCUGAUCUUUAGACUGCAUUGACUUUCCUGUCACGGCACUGCCUGAUGUCAUCGUUUUAGAUUAUUUGCCUAGUCUAGUUUUCCGACUCUUUAUAAAGUUGGUUCGUUAAGCUGUAUUGGGUUUCCAUUCCCUGUACUGCCUGAUGUUUCAAUACUAGGAUCUUUGCCUAUCUUAGCCUUCCAAAUCUUAAGUAAAUGGGCUUCUUGGGAGUUGGUGAUGGUACCAUCAUCGGCUCCCUGUUCGUUGGGUUGCAUUGAGUCUUUACCUAUCCCAGUAAUCGGAAUCAUUAAAUCGGUGAUGGGUCCGUCGUCGGGUUCCUGUUUGUUAGGCUUUGUUGUGUCUUUCGCCACUGCACUGCCUGAUAUUUUAGUAUUAGGAUCUUUGCUUCUCCUAGUCUUUCUAAUAUUGAGAGAUGCCGUGAUUGUAUCGUUGUCGGCCCCCUGUUUGUUGGGCGGUGUUAAGUCACCUGCCACUGCAUGGCCUGAUGUCGCAGAAUGAAAAAGUUUUCCCAAUCUUGAAAAAGACAGCUUUGCUCCCGUAGUGCGCCAUUCCUUUAGUCUUAGCCAAACUUGUCACGGAGACUUGAUCAAUGCCAACCACAAAGAGAGUCCCUCCUCCUUCUCCUCCCUGUGGAAGACCUCCCACUUCUCUGCGACCAAACCUUCGUUUUGCUUGCCCAAGAAUCCCAACAUGUGUGCCGUCGCAAAUGUACUGCCCCAUCCCUUAAUGAAGACCAUAGCCUUUGUGAGCUGGGGGAUACCCAUCUUUCUCACCAGGUCGAGCUUUGCGCCCUCCCAGAGAGCGGGAAUACCUCUGACGAGCUCUUUGACGGUAUCAAUACGUUCCGCCGACGCAAAACGCAGCGUAAAGAUGCCCCUCUAAACUCGCAGCUCAUCAUUUGUAUGGGUGGACCCUCUACAGAGUUACAUACAUGUUCAACAAUCCGAUCGUUAACCAGAUCCUCCACUUGGGAAUAUGAUCUGGUGGAAUCCUACCGGAUGCACAGCCGAUAUUGAUGACUGCAUAAGUCAGCUCAUUUCUGUUUUGCUUCCUUGCCACUCUGGCGUAAGGGGGCGGCUCCUUACGAUUCUCAGCGAACAUCUUAAACUUCCGUGAUGGCUGUGGCCUCCUUUUGGAAGUCACAGUCCUCCAUGAAGACUCAGGGCCGUGCGCGCUUCCUCCAUUCCUGUUCCAACGGGAACAGGAAGCCAACGGGAUGGCUGGCUUGGUUUUCCCACCCCCAUAACACCACCCAAAUUGCAAGUAUUUGCCGACCAUUGCAAUAUGAAGCUCAAACAAAAGGUAUUUUAGAGUAGAACAUGUAUCUGAUAUAUAUUUUCAAAUGCAAGUCAUUGAGUGGCCGCCCAUCGCCCAAAACACCCCCAAACCGAUCAUGUUUGCCGACUAUGGAAAAAUGGUGCUCAAAUGAUGGUAUUUGGGAGUAGACCAUGAAUCUAAUAUCAACAUUCGGCACCAACUGUCUAGGGGACGUCCUACCACCAUAACAUCCUGUAAACUCCCCUUAAACCAAUGGCAAUAUGGGGUUUAAGUAAGUGGCAUUUGAGAGAAGAGCACGAUGCUGAUAUUUUUCACGGCCGAAAGUCUGGGGCACCACCUCACCCCCGAAAAUCCAUCUAAAUCAGACAUCAUGAGAAUAUCAGGCUGAAAUAAAAUAUUUUAAGAAUGGAGUACACCUUACAUCCAAACUUAAAUUCGUUGACCAAUAAAGAUCAUAUGGGAUUCAGAUAAAGGCUCUUAAAUUGUUAAACUUUUAGUCAAGCGAUAUACUAUUUUCGUAGCAUGGUAUUUCACUAAAACCUCGUUAAUUGUCGAAAAUAAAUAUUCAAAUGAAAAUUUUGCUCCAUAUAAAGUAAAAGAAGGCGCAGCGGAACGGGCCCGGCUCAGCUAGUACAUAAUAUAAAUCACGAUUUACAAAAAAAGGCAGUCAAACAUGGAGAAUUGAUUCGUUGGAGCAUUUUGUUCAACGGUACAGGACCAAUAAUGAAAUAUAAGACAACGUUGGAGCAAGUAUUGUUACAUUAUGCACACCAUAGAAUAUGCUUCUGAAAUUGGUACUCUAACAAGACUCUGAAAUUUUGUUAACAGAAUCGAAGAUCUAUAGAAAGCAAUGCGUAAAGCCAGGCACAAAAUACGUUUGAAGCUAUCCCAGGAUCACCCAGUAACGAAAUGCCAUGAUCUUUUUGAGACUCCAUGCAUCGAAGACGUGCCGAAGACAUCAAAAAAAGCUUAUUACUCUAGGGACAGAAAUAAUUUAAGUUUUUAUAAAUGAAUUUUCAACUUGUGUGUCAUAUGCUUUUAAAGUAUUGGGGUAUGGAUAUCAAUACUCCUAUUAUUGAAUGAUUUUUCUGAAAAUGAUUCUUUAAAAUAUUUAAAAUUUUUUUAGCCUUUAUAAAAUAAUUUAUUGUUAUAUAAUUAAGAAAAUUGAUUAAUAGUUCAUCCUACGUAAAAAAAGACUUCAUGCUUGUCACAUCCGUGAUAAGUAUGAUCCGAAUCGGCCUAUAAACUGAUAUAGCCCCUAUAUAAACCGAUCUCCCGAUUUGACUUCUUGGGCCCCUAGAUGCUUCAAUUUUCGUCCGAUUUGGCAGAAAUUCGGCCCAAAGGACUAUAUUUGGAUAUAGCUGCCAUAUAGACCGAUCUCACGAUAAAGGGUCUAAUGCCCAGAAAUGGUUUAUUUUUUAUCCGAUUUCGCUGAAAUUCGAAACAGUGAAUAGUUUUAGGACUCCCAAUACAUGACUUAAAUAUGGUUAGAUCGAACUAUAUUUGGAUAUAGCUGCCUUAUAGACCGAUUUCCUGAUAAAGGGUCUGAAGCCCAUAAAAGCUUUAUGUUUUGUCUAAUUUCGCUGAAAUUUGAAACAAUGAGUAGUUUUAGGCCUCGUGACAUCCGCUCCAAAUAUGGGUCAAAUCAGACCAUAUAAACAUAGCUGCCAUAAAGACCGAUCUAUGAAUUAAGGGUCUUAAUCCCAUAAAAAGCAGGUUUAUUAUUAUGGAAAAUGUUACUUGUAUAUGAUCGAGACCAGCCUCCAUUAAGAUAUAACUACGUAUAUAGUAGUGAAGUUAUAAUAAAAUAUGAUGAUUAUCAUAUCCUUGUUUAAUUUGGUCCACAUCGGUCCAGACUUGGUUAUAGAUGUCAAAUAGAAAGAACUCUUGAGCGCAUUUAUUAUCCGAUUUGGUUGAAAUUUGACGCAGUGGCCUAUGUUAGGCUUUUCGACACGGACACGGACCUUUAUGGUUCAGAUCGGUUUAUAUUUGGAUAUCGCUGCCAAAAAGACCAAAAUUUUGUUCUACAAAAUUGAACAGUGACUUAUAUUUGUUGGACCACUCUAUGUCCGUGCCGAAUUUGGGAGCACAAGUUAUACAAUAUUCACCGGAUUGUGACGAAAGGGGGUUUACAUAUAUACCCGAGGUGGUGGCUAUCCAAAGUUCGGCCCCGCCGAACAUAAUGCCUUUUUAACUUGUUUGACUUCCGACUUCCAUGCCAAGUAUAAUCCAAAUUAGUCCUUAAACUAAUAUAGUCGCCAUAUAAGGGCUUGUGUCACGACAUGCAAUAUUCGUGAAUGACUAAAUGUAUAUAAAGCCUAUGGUGGUGGAUAUAAAAAGAAGGCGAAAAAUGAACGCAUAGGCCCAGCAUAGUACAGUGUUGAUCAGUACAAUGAAAAAAGGAAAGGAGAAAGCAACUUCAACAGCAGUCCAGAAUUUCGAAAGGGAAUGCAAUCACGGAAAGAGGUGUUCAUCCAUAAGCCUGUGUCUUCUCGGUACAAUUGCGUGGUAGUGAUACAAAAAGGUCCAGCACCACUCCGCCUCCCUCUGCGCUGUUGUGGUAGCCAUAUUUGCAUGUGGAAGUGAUAAUCCUUGUCAAGCUUCUAUAGGUGAGCAAGCUUGUUACGGUCCAUACGACCGAUCGCCGUGGGAACACUAUAGUCGUUGGUUAUUCACCUUGUCAUAUCGAACAUUCAUUCACUGAGUCUUAAUCCGACACCGCUGAUUGUCCGCGACAGCAAUUACUUUACUCCACAUGGAGCAUUCGUUUCAUUUCAUGCAAUGGGAAGCCAACUAUUAGCAAGCUGUGGACGCGUCUAGCUGCUAAGCUUUUCGUGAUAACGAUGAACAGCACACAGAUCAGAGGUCAAAGAUUCACCCAGUGUGGUGCUCACAGUUAUCCCGUGCCGGGUAUAACCCCUUAGAUCUAGCGCAACGUCAAAGAUCUAAAGUUCGGGCUUCUAAAGCUUGGCACGAAAUAGUUGUGAGCACCACACAGGCUGGAACAUUGAGGUCCAAUGUCACAAGAAGUUUAGCUGCAAGCUAUCGGGCGCGUCCACAGGUUGCGGAUAUUGGAAUGCUCAAUAAGGAGUAGCUGCAAUGGCAGUCGCGGACAAUCAGGGGAGAGUCUCAGUGGGAGGCCGGGCGGCACCGGCUCUUGCUCAUAUACUGAGUGCCUAUGAUGCUCGAUGUGACAAGGUUUUGGAAGUUAUUGAAGCCUUUAAAUAACCAAUGGCCACCUUGUUCCCGCAGCGAUCGGUCCUUUGGACCGGAACGAGCUUGUUCACCUACAGCCUUCAACGAACUUCUUCGCUGGAGCUUCUUCAUUCAUUCUGACAACAUGACGUAGCCAAUGCAACCGUUGUAUUCCGAUACGUUUUACUAUGCACGCGUCGUCAUACAGUUUGUGGUUCAUACGACGCCGACACUCUCCAUCAAUGCAAACUUGUCCAUAAAUUUUACGAAGAAUCUUUCUCUCAAACACUCCUACUUUCCAUGGCUCGCAACCAUAUAGCAAGACGGGUAGUAUCAGUGUGAUCUUCGUCUGCCGAGAGAUAGCCUUGUUUCUAAACUGCCUACUCAAUGCAAUGAAGCAUAUCUGCUUGCCAUUAUUAUUCUUCGCUUUAUUUCAAAACUGGUGUUAUUCGUUUCGGUUAAGGCGGUGCCGAAGUAGAUGUAGUUGCUGACUAUCUCAGUUGUACAAGGCGUUUUGGGAGUUGAUACCAUCCAUUUUGUUUUAUCUACGGUUGUACGCUUCUGCAAAUCAUUUUUACUUCCCUGUAAAUUUUAUCAGCAAUUAUUUUUUUGGAAUAUUACGCGAACAGACCUAAUGACGGCAUAUUUUUUAAACACACAAUUAUUAAGCACCAUACCAGAUUUCCCUCCUACCAAAAACCCUUUGUAUUUGUCAAAGAACUUAGAACAUGCAAAACAUGUAUGCCAAGAAAUUUGUUACAUGUGUAUGAGUGUGUCUUUUAAAGUAACGUAGGAUAUGUGCAAUGAUAUAGGACAUUAUUGCAUAUUUUUUGUAAUUGUAUAACCUUCUCACAGGCAAUGUAACAACAACAAUAAUAAUAAUAAUACAAUUUUGUUUUUGUAAUAAAAUAAGGCUUCAAAACUUGAUUUCACUUUGUUUAAAAGUAAAACAAAAAAGAAUUUUAAAUUUUUAAAUACAAUUAGAAUAACUUUUCUUUUUAUGUUUCUUUUUGAUUGUUUAAAUUACUUGGAAGCUAGUAGAACUUAUUUAUCUUUAGUCCUUUAACUUAUUUAUUUGCUUUAAAUAUAAUUAAAUGUUGAAAUUUCUUUUGGGGUUCCUUUUCUCCUACCCGCCUGAAAGCCGCGCAAAAAGCAUGAUCGAUUUUAUGUUCUAUUGAAAAAUAUUUUUAAACGAAUUUCCUACGACCAGAAUCAAAAAUAUAAAAAGUUUAAGAAACUACAACAAGGACCAUUCCAAAAGAGAAAUAAAAAUAAAUAGCAAUGUAAGAACUAAAAUAGAAAAUAUAUUUAUAUACAAACUGCAUGUUCCAAAACCUGUCAUUCAAUAAUAAGACAUUGUUGCAAAACAGACAAAACAACACACGUAUUUAAGUCAUUUUAUUUAUGCAUGUUUAAAAUUAAAUCUAUAUAUUUUUUUAAAUAAUAUUAAAUUUUAAUUUAAUAUCUAAAGCCUAGUACCGACUUCAUUCGCAUGAAAAUUGUCUACGAGUUGAUUGCGAAAUAUGCCGCAUUGUAUUGAACGACAGAGCACAAACAGAAAUUAUACAACGGCACACAACAAUAGCCACAACAUUGAAGCAGAGUUGUUUGUGACCCAGUUCGACAUGUGGAAUCGCCACCAUUGUUUAGUGUCUUUGGGCGACAAGCCGAAGUCAGUACUAGGCUUAAGCAACCAAAGUUUAUAAGGCCUUUUGUGGUGUAAUUUGUAGUUAUCUCUAAAUAAUUUUCUGUUUUUCAUUAAGACAUUGUAAAAAAAAAUUAACAUUAAUGCAUUUAUAUUUGUUUUUUUUUUUUAAUAAAGAUUAAGGAAUAAAGUCUUUAUGAUCCAUUAUAA